GUGACUCGAUUCUCGGGGCCGCACAAAGUAAUACACGUACUACAGCCAUCGCGCCGGCGCCGGAACCCGUUCCCUCCCCGCCCGCGCAUUCCGCCCGCGCUCCAUUCCCUGCGACGGCAGUGCAGCACAGCCAAGUUGGUGGCCGUCCCACCAUGAGGUGGCCCAUCGUCCGUCGGGUUUACUAGCCCCAACCUUCGUCCGUGGCAUUGCAUUGCAUCGUGUUGUGUUGCAACAUGCUCAUCGAGCAUCGUGAUGCUCCACCACCCCAACCCACCGCCGACGACAGGCCGGGGGCUCUCAACGGGCCCUGACGAAGCGGCCACAGGCCGGCCGCCAAGCAUCAAGCGGCCUGCAGGCAUGCCUCGGCGGUGACGCGCGCCCGGGUGAGCACCACCUCGGGGCCUAGGAUAGUAGUCAGCGUUUGAUAAGGGCCGCCACCACCAUGCCAUGUCAUUCAUGCUUGGUCGGUCGCCGCGAGGGGAACCCGGAUCGGCGGCAGGCGUCAAGGGGCUUCGCUUCGGCACACCCCCGAGUGCACGGGCGGCAAUGAGUCCAUCCUGUCAGGCACAAGGCACGACACGCCGGGAGCUGCGGCAUGAACGGGUACGACGCCGCCCACGGGAGGACUGACGUCCGCCCACCUCCGCGAAGUGGUGUCCUCCCGCGUCCCUCGUCUUGCGUCUCUCGUCCCCUCCCCCUAGCCAGCUGGCUGCCUGGCUGGUGAUGGCGAUCGAUGGCGGCGAUAGCAGCGGGCCCUGCUUGUUGGGGUGGAACCACCACCACGGACAGACGGACGACUGCUGUUGUGCGCGGCCGCGAUGAAAAAAGACAAAGGGUUCAAGCUUGCAAAGCUAGUCGGCCUCCACCCGACACGAAAAGCUUGCCAUGGCGAGAUGGCAGCGCCGGCCGGCUUUCCCACAAAAAAAAACGACGGCCUCGCGCCCAGCAGCCUAUCGACGGGCCACCCGCAGGCAUGUCGUCCGUCGCGGCCCACAAAAGCCCGAUUUACUUGACAUUUCGCCAUCGCCGGGGACUCUCGCGGGCCCCGACUGAUGGCCGAUCCUCUUUGAGUUUGCUUCCUCGACCCAGCCAGUUCCGCUGCUACGUACGUACGUACCUCCGCACGCACGUACUGCAUUGCAACGGCUCUAUCUAUGCUUUUCUGUGGUCCCUUCGUCCCCUUGGCGGACGGCGGACCUGGCAAAGACGGGCCCUCGUCUUAUCCUACCCGUCCGUCGCCACAGCCAAACUCGAGGAGUCAUGCAGCUCCUCGCCAUAUUUGUCGCCUCUGCUCUCCUCCCUUGGCCUUUUUCUCUCCCCUAAACCGUUUCGCUGCAUGUCCGUCGUCCUCGAGCCCUGCACAAUCUCCAGGUCGUGCCUUGGGGUGUGAACGUCCCUCUGAGACUGUCUCAGGAGGCGACCAACACCACCAUCGCCACCACCACCAUUACCACAGACUGCUUCACCACGCACGCCAUGGCCGGCGAGCCAACCAACGACAGCGGCCCGGCCAGCGACGUGCCUACGCCCAACCCCAAGCCCAAGAAGCGGGUAGGGUGGCAUUCAAGCAGUGGCAGCGCCGGUGACCACUCUGCCGACGGCCUCGAUCCUCCCGCGUCCAGUCAUGCCAACCCUUUUCUCUCUCCCACGGUCUCUCCUCGACUCUCUGCCGCCGUCCUCACGCCCCCCGGGGCUCCGGACGCUCGCGAGCUCAGGAUGGCCUUGACCAAGGUCCUUUCGGACGAGCAGGAGCAGAGGGAGCAUCAGGAGCGCAUACAGCCUGUUCCUGCCAUCCUGGAGCCCUCCCCUCCUGCUGCGUCCACCCCCAGGACGCCUAGGCCAGCACUGAGACGCAACACGAGCUAUGACGCUCCAGAGGAACGCGAAAAGGCGGACUGGGCGGAGCAACGGACCAGCCAGCGGCAGCUUCACGCCAUGGACGACGCACGCCAGCGUGCGACCCUACUGGCCAUGUCGGUGGGGAGCGCCUCCGCCCCGGGAUCGAGACGCAACUCGGAAGACCUCGAGGCUUCAUUCCAGCAGCCGCUGAUCGGUAAUGCUGAUGACCACACCACGUCGCCGGCAGAUGACAGCGUCAUGGCGUCGCCGGUUCGUCCGGACCACCUGCAUCGCCGCACCCCCUACAGUCACAGGCGUGGCCGCGUCGUCGACAACCAGGCGGUCGCAGAGACGCUUGUCCGGUCCCACACGCGACGGGACAGGAGCAGAGACCUUUUCCAUCGUGAACCAGCUUCGUCCGGCACGAGCACCCCCGUUCUCAGCCAGGCUUAUACCCAAGACUACGUCCCUCGCCCCGACAAGUAUCGUGGCGGCAUCCUCUCCUCGCUGCUCCGCCUCUACCACGACCAUGAUCGAGGCGCUGGCAGCAACAACAGCAGCGGAUACACAACGCCUGUCAACCCCUCAACUCCUCUCAUGUCGCCUCACUCGUCACCUCCCUCGUCCAGGUCUCCCUCAAGGCCACCUUCCACAGCUGGUGGCCCCCGCUCGCGGACCAGCAGCGGCUUGUUCAGCAACCGUCGGGCGCAUCACUCGACGACGUCCCUGACCGAGCUCAUUAAGUCGUCGUCCAUGUUCGCCGCCCCCGCGGCCAGCGAGAUUCAUGAUCAAUGGACCGACAGACUGAGAAAGGAAAAGCUUCACAAGCCCAAGAAGGAGCAGAUCCGUGUCACCGUUCACAUCGCCGGCAUCAUCUCGCGGCAUCGCUACCUCUUAAAGCUAUGUCGCGCCCUCAUGCUGUACGGUGCCCCGACGCACCGCCUCGAGGAGUACAUGACCAUGUCUUCCCGGGUCCUCGAAAUCGAAGGACAGUUUCUGUACAUGCCAUCUUGCAUGAUCAUAAGCUUCGAUGACAGCACCACCCAUACUACCGAGGUCAAGGUCAUCCGCGAGCCGCAGGGCAUCGACCUCGGAAAGCUCAGAGACGUCCAUAACAUCUACAAGGAAGUCGUCCACGACAAGCUUGGCGUGGAGGAAGCGACGGAACGGCUCGAAAAGGUCAUGAAGCGCCAACCCAAGUUUCGCACCUGGUUCCGCGUGCCCAUGUAUGGCAUUGCCUCUGCGUGUGUGGCACCGUUUGCCUUUGAGGGCCGGUUCAUCGAUCUCCCAAUUGCGUUUCUUCUCGGCUGCAUCGUCGGUCUUUUGCAGCUAGUCUUUGCACCGAGCAAUGAACUGUACGCCCACGUCUUCGAAGUGUCGGCCGCCGUCAUUACGUCGUUUCUCGCUCGCGGUUUCGGCUCCAUCAACGGCGGACAGCUGUUUUGUUUUAGCACACUUGCACAGAGCAGCAUCGCUUUGAUCUUACCUGGGUACAUGGUGCUCUGCAGUUCGCUCGAGCUCCAAAGCCACAACAUCGUCUCUGGCAGUGUCCGCAUGGUCUAUGCCAUGAUCUACACACUCUUCUUGGGAUACGGCAUCACCAUCGGGGCCUCGCUCUAUGGGAUGAUGGACAAGCACGCCACCAGCGACACGCACUGCAAAGAUCCCCUCAACCGCGGCUGGUAUUUCUUGUUCGUGCCCGGCUUCACGCUCUGCCUCUGCAUCAUAAACCAGGCAAAGUGGAAACAGACGCCCAUCAUGACCGUUAUGGCGUUGGCUGGCUUCUGCGUCAAUAGCUACUGCAGCACCUACUUUGAAGGAAACAGCCAAAUCUCCAACAUGCUCGGGGCACUGACGAUUGGCAUCCUUGCCAACCUCUACUCGCGACUGGGGCGGCACGUAGAGAAUCUGUGGUUGGACUUUAUCGAGUGGUGGGAGUACAAGGUACGGCCACGUUUCACCCGCAGGAAGCGGCCGACGGCCGACACGUGGUCUCUGCCGUCCAUGUCCGACGUCGAGUCGCGUGCCGGAUCUCUCGAGAAACCACGGCGUCACCAGCGCAAGGUGGGCUACAGUCUUGCGGCGGCGGCCAUGCUACCGGCCAUCUUCGUGCAAGUCCCCUCUGGUCUGGCCGCCGGCGGUUCACUGCUCGCCGGCAUCACUUCUGCCGAUCAAAUCACGCGGAACGGGACCCAGGGCGGCAACAGUACAGUGGACACGAGCGCCAAGACCAUGGGCAGCCUGGACGGCACGGCUUUCAACGUCUUGUUCAGCGUCAUCCAGGUAGCCAUUGGAAUCAGCGUGGGCCUCUUCAUGAGCGCCCUGAUUGUGUAUCCGCUGGGAAAGCGGAGGAGUGGGCUCUUCAGCUUCUAAACCGACAGCGACGUAUCUUCAAAUCAUCCGAUAGAAUCACCAGUUCUUACAGUCGCGCGAUGGCGCCGGCUGAACAGCACUAUCAUCACCAUUUUUACUAAUAGAGCGAGGAGCUGGCUCGUCGCACUACUACGACUCAAUUCAUCUUUAGCCUACGACCGGCAUCAAUAAUGGCCGCACAUCAGUCGGCAGACGUUUCAUCGACGACUUCCAUCCUCCUACAGCGGAUAACAAUAUCGUACAUGAGAUUGACAGCGACUGGCGCACGGGAUCUGGGUACUUUUCAACUGUAUUUUGUAUGGGAACCAGCGCGGGUGCAUGGGUGUGUGUCUGUAUUUCUGGCAAUCUUGGGUGAAAGACUUCAUAAAAAGGGUGAUUUGAACGGGAGUUUUUGGUACAGAGGCUUUCAGCAUAUAAGCAUGUCGCUCGCCACAAUAAACGCCAUGUAGGCGACAACCUUGACGUUCGACUUGGACUCGACGGGUACGCGUGAUGUAUUGUCCGAGAAAUGAAGCACUGGCUUGAGUCGGGGUGCGUCUGGAGUAUCGACUUGCUGUUAACUGCGGCAAAAUACAGACGGGAGUUGCAUUUGUUUUUCGACAUGUAACGACCGCCAACAUGGAUGGGCAAGACCCUCAUCAUAGUGCGUCUACCUUAAUGAUGUAGGUAACGCUGCAGACUUUUAACUCCCUC